AUGGGAGUUCGUUUGCCGGUUGUUGCUCUUGCUAAGCAAAUUGUACGCAGGUCUGCUUCGACUGCAUCUAGAGCAGCUUCAACAUCAUCAGAUGUACCAAGAGGCUUCUUUGCAGUUUAUGUUGGAGAGAAGCAGAAGCAAAGAUUUGUGGUUCCCGUGUCCUACUUAAACCAGCCUUCAUUUCAAGAUUUGCUAAGAAAGGCUGAAGAAGAAUUCGGGUUUAAUCAUCCCACUGGUGGUUUGACAAUUCCAUGCAGAGUAAAUACUUUCAUUGAUGUCACUUCUCGCUUGAGUUGUUCAUAA